CCCCUCGACAGCUCACAACCACCUCGAUCUUCAUCUACUCCGACCUUGUCCUGGGCCCAAAGGUAGCGCAGACAGUAGCAAUGGUCAAGGAUGAGCUCAUCAAUGACAGCACAGACAACAAUGUCUUCGAAGGGGCCACCAAGAAUGACGAGAGGCGUACAAGACGCACGGACAUUUGGGACCUGCCCGAAGAGCUGCGCUUUCUCAUAAUCGAAAUCGCUGGCCGUGCGGGCCCACCAGGUGAUAGCGAUGGCCCAGCGGCCUGGAAUCUCGUCACACUCCGCAACCUCGCGCUUGUGUCGCGGCGGUUUCAAGACUACAUCACGCCGCUUCUCUACGAGACUGUCAGCCUGACGACGCCAAGUCAGCUUGCUCUCUUUCAUCGAGGUCUGUCUUUGCAGCCGACUCAUGGUCAGUUGAUCAAGAAUCUUCACAUCGGUCCGACUGCUUUGCCGUCGAAGGGCUGGUGGCCGAUAAAGACAAGCGAGGAUAUGGACGAGGACGGUAUACCGACAGGGCAUGAGCGAACCUUUGUGCAAGCGUCCCUCUCCAAUGCCAGAGAAGAGAAGCUUCUGCCCCGCUGGUGCUUGGCCAACACUCGGUUCGACUGGGAGGACGAGGAUCGCUCUCGCGAGCAUCGUGCAGUGAAAGCUGCCAUGAGAGCAGCAGGCAGAGAUAUUAUCGUCGACCCUGCGUUCAGUUCCAGAGGCCCUGGUAGUGAGCACCAGCUCGGCAUAAACUUGUGGACGCAUCAAUGUUUACGUCUACAGGCUGCCCUCGAUCUAUACAUGCUGGAGAUGCGGCGCAUUGAGGACGAGAGAGGGUAUGCUGAGGAUACUGAGACGCCGCAGUAUCCCCCUCUACUUGUGAAGGCGCCUAGGAUCAGCGAGAUGGACGAGCGUUUGACUCACUCUCAGCACAUCAUGGCGACAGUGGGCGAAGACCGCCCAGAGCCCAAUGUGAAGGAGCAGGCAAGGAAGACUGCCCGCGAAAGAAAGUCAUUCAUCCUAACGCAAGAGCAGCUCGAUGCGCAUAUUCUACGGCCCGGCGGCCCAGCAGAUCACUUCGAUCAUCCUCUCCUUACCAUCUACUCGGGCUUGGAUCUUCUUUCAAUGGAGAACAACGGAGAGGUACGCAUUGACUGGGCAGAAGGACCAGACCACCACUACUACUACGACCCGGGCGAGCGCUAUCCCGCAUUCUGCAAGGACUCAGAUGACGAAGAUGACGAGAGCGCUGGCGAAGGCUAUCAGUACUGCGUCUACAGACCCAAGCCUCCGACCAGUGGUUCGGCAGACGUUGAUCCCCACACUCCGUACACGGUCUGGGGCAUUCUGAAUCUGACCGGGUCCAUCCUCGCUCUAACGCCCAAUCUCACCACACUCUCGAUGUCCAGCUUCGUGCACCGUGCUCUCUGGCAACAUGAAGGAUCACUGAGUAGUCUGCGGUCUCUCUCUGUAGGGCCCUUGCCUGCAUCGAAACGAGACUGCAUUUACUUUGAGAAUAUCCAGCUGGCCAACCUCAAGGAGUUGCGGGUCUGCGGACGCUUACUAGACCUCCCUGCAGCGAGGAAGAUUGCAGAUCCGCAUGGUCCUCUGCCUCGUCUGAAAAGGCUCGAAUGGCACUAUGGACAUGACUUUGCGCGCUAUCCCCCAUGCGACUCGGCGCCGAACAGAGUUCUGCCAGUCAUUCGAGCACUCCAAGGACCCACUUUGGUAGCCCAGAGUCCUUCAUUCUCCUUGAGCCACGACAGGCACCGAGACCUCUUCAUCGAGGUGCGCCUGCAUCCGAACGCUGUUGCUCAGAUGAUCGAGCGGGCUCCGAACGAUGAUGCCAAAGCGGCGUGGCAGAGUGGUUCAGCUGUAAGCGGUGUCCUCAACCGCAUUAAGCUGACCGAGAGCAACGCGCUUGCGUACUACAACGUCGAAGGCUGUAGCUGGUACGAUCCUCGUGAAGAUAUUGGCGCCUACCUGCGAGAGAGUAUGGAAUGGUGGGAGAGAAGAGUGGGCGGCAAGGGUACGAUUGAGGAGAGAGAGCCGGAGAGGCGACCCGCUAUCCAUGAGGGCCACAGGCGGAUACGGCAAGAGAUCUAAAGUAUUGAUAGUGCAGGGCUGGGGGAGUCGUAUGGCGGACAUGACGAGUUCUUCUGAACCGUGAAUACAGG